AUAACAAAUAGUAUUUUCUUUGGUCAAGAAAGUAAAACAACAGAAAUGAAUGCUACACCUAUUGAUUUCAAUCGUACUGGUAAUGGUCCAAUUGCAAAUUCAACACCAAAAACGGAAUCAUCAAAAUCCGAUUAUCCGGCAAGUAAUGAAGAAAAACCUGUC